UAGAAGUACAUCGGAUUUCUGAUGCAUUCAGGUUGACAAUGUUACUUUUUGUUUUCGUUGUCUUCGCAAAUCUCGCUGUCAUCAAUUUUGCAGGAAGUCAAUUUUUCGUAUACCCGAGAAUUCUGAACGAGCGGACGACAGCUUCGAACCUCGUUCUACAGCUGAAUCAGGAUAUUACUCUCAACCUAAAAAGAAGUUCAGUAUUGGCGGACGAAUUACUGGUGGCCACAAGCACUCUAGAAGGAAACCAGCUGGAGUUGGUCAAUACGUCUGACAUUCAAGCUAGUUUGUACCAUGAUCUACACCAUCAAUCUUCUGUGAUCGUACGUGCAAGAGAUGGUGAAGCCGAAGUAGAAGGUAUCAUAAAUCACAAUCUAAGGAUAAAACCGGUUUCAGCAAGCAAACGUUCUCACAGAGGUGAAAUACCUCAUCGGAUAUACGAGGUUGAAGAACCGAAGAACAUUCCCAUCACAAUGAGUAAUGGCAAUAAUUGGCGAAAGAUUACAAAAAGAGCAUUAGACUUUGACCGGUUUGCUGUGGAGGUCCACGUGGUAUCAGACAGCGUGCACCAACAAAAUUUCGCAAAAACUCAGGAAUUAAUUGCGUACUUUGCUGUCCUGCUAAAUGGAGUCAAUUUAAGGUAUCUGGACAUGAGAGAGCCAAGAAUAAAGUUCAUGUUGGUCGGAAUAACCAGGAGCUUAAACGACGCUUAUGCCAAACAUCUUAAGCCCGGUAUUCUUGACAUGGAUAAAUCAUUGGAUGGCUUGUAUGACUAUUACGUAAAAGGCAAUAUACCUGGGAAACCUGACGUAGUGCACCUCGUUACAGGCCAAGACAUGGCCCGCUUUGAAAAUGGUGCCCUGGAUAGAGAUUAUACCGGACUUGCCUUUGGAGGCCCUCCCUGUACGAAGAGGGCCGUUUCCUUAAGCGAAGAUAUUGCCUCGUCAUACAAAGGCGUUUUUAUAAUGGCUCACGAACUGGGGCAUGUAAUGGGAUCACCUCACGAUGAAACCGAACAAUGUCCCUGGUCCGAAGGAUAUCUUAUGAGCUAUGUAGACGGAGGAGUGAAAAAAUAUCAGCUUUCUCGGUGCAGUGAAAGAAGGAUUCGAGACAACCUAAAAUUCAUGCCUCGCAGAUGCGUGGGAAUAGUGUCGCAAUCAACCUACAUGUACCAUUAUAAGAAAUUUCCGGGCCAGAAAGUAAGCAAGAAGCAUUACUGCAAGAAGCUUUUGAGGAAAUACACCACUUCGAACGAUAUAUUUUACGAGAAGCUUGAAGACAAUAGCAGAAGGUGUAAAAUGAAGUGCUGUUUCCUGACAUCCCCUACUAUGAAAAGGUGCCUUAAUGCUACCGUGCUAGACGGGAUGAAGUGUGAUGGAGGAAUGACAUGCAGAAGGGGAGUCUGCGGACAGCAUGAAUGGCCUUGAAGAAGCACAUACCUCUUGGUCAUUUCAGUACCGAAAUAAAAGAUUCCACUACGU